CCCUCCACCCCCUUCUCUCUGGCUGUGCUGGCUCCCUCAGCUGUUCUCAGUUGCUCUCUGUGCAGUGUGUAGUGUGGACAGGGCUAGGCUGAGCUGGGCUAUGUUGAGGACAUAGAAUGUCUCAGUGAAGACUGUUUCCCAAGCUAACUGGAUUAGGAGCUGGAACAUACUGGACCUGUUUGUCUUUACUAACUAAAGACAGAGUUUUAAUUGAGGGCAUGCUGGAAGAGAGAAAAGAGAGAAACAAAUAGAGUCAACACCAGAGAAUUGUUGGAGUAGAGACCCACGUAAAGACUGAUCUCUAGCCCAGCUCCCCUCACUCUCCCCGGGAUCGGUAUGGUGGGACUCCCCUUGCCUCUGACCUCCAACAUUGAGGUGGUAUGAGUCUGCUGUGUGAGUCCGGUUCAGCUCGGUUCAGUUCCACUUAGUUCGGUUUGACUCGGUUCUGUUUGGCUUGCUUAGACUGGCUGUCUAUAGCACUUACCCAUACCCCUGCUCCAUUUUCAGGUUCUGUGUCUCUGGAACCCCUGACCCAUAACCCCUGAACGUAGGACAGGUUCUGGUCCAGAUUUGCAAAAUUACUGGACUGAACAGACUUCUGUUUGACAGUGUUUCAAUACUUUUUUAUUUUCUGGAAACUCUACCCCUGAUCUGGGACUGAUCCUGGUUCUGCUGACAUCUAUUCUGUGUUCCGGAGGACUGGUUCUUCAGGGACCUGUCUGGCCUCUCUCUCCCCAGGAUCAUGGCCUCUUUCUGGGGCAUGGUGGUGUUGCUGUGUGGGAUGAUGGUUAUUUCUGGAGCACAGAAGACGAAGAGCAAUAUGCCCAGGCUAAAGCUCUCUUAUAAAGAGAUGUUGGAGUCCAAUAACUUGGUGACAUUUGAGGGCCUGGCCAAUAGCUCAGCUUACCACACGUUCCUAUUGGAUGAGGAGAAGGGUCGUCUGGUGGUGGGAGCCAAGGACCACAUAUUCUCCUUCAACCUGCUCAACAUCAGCAGAGACCUGGCACAGAUCCCGUGGCCUGCAUCCACCUCCAGAAGAGAUGAGUGUAAAUGGGCAGGGAAGGACCUCAUGAGGGAAUGCGCUAACUUCAUCAAGGUGUUGCAGCCUUUUAACCAGACCCAUCUGUAUGUAUGUGGAACCGGAGCCUUCCACCCUGUCUGCGCCUACUUGGAGGUGGGGAAGAAACUAGAGGACAGUGUGUUCAGGCUGGAGCCCCUGAUAGAGAACGGUCGAGGGAAGAGCCCUUAUGACCCCAAGCUGCUCACAGCGUCCAUGCUCAUCGAUGGCGAGCUGUAUUCUGGGACGUCAGCGGACUUCAUGGGGCGGGAUUUUGCCAUCUUCCGUACGUUGGGACAGCAUCACCCCAUUAGAACUGAGCAACACGACUCCCGCUGGCUGAAUGAUCCCAGGUUUGUGAGUGUCCAUCUGAUCCCAGAGAGUGACAACCCCGAGGAUGACAAGAUCUACCUGUUCUUCAGAGAGAACGCUAUGGAUGGGGAACACGCAGGGAAGGCUACACACGCACGCAUCGGACAGCUCUGCAAGAAUGACUUUGGAGGCCACAGGAGUUUGGUGAAUAAGUGGACUACUUUCCUGAAGGCCAGACUGGUGUGUUCUGUACCUGGACUCAAUGGCAUAGACACACACUUUGACGAACUACAGGAUGUGUUUCUGAUGAGCGCUAAGGAUCCCAAGAACCCCACCAUCUAUGCAGUGUUCACUACAUCCAGUAACAUCUUCAAGGGCUCAGCAGUGUGUUUGUACAGCAUGGCAGACAUCAGAAGGGUGUUUCUAGGUCCCUAUGCCCACAGGGACGGCCCUAACUAUCAGUGGGUUCCCUUCCCCGGAAGGGUACCGUACCCACGACCUGGCACGUGCCCCAGCAAGACAUUCGGAGGAUUUGAUUCAACAAAGGACUUGCCUGAUGAUGUCAUAACAUUUGCGAGAGGACACCCAGCGAUGUUUAACCCCAUCUAUCCCAUCAACAACAGACCAAUCAUAGUCAAGACGGACACGGACUACCAGUUCACACAGAUAGUGGUGGACAAAGUGGAGGCUGAGGACGGACAGUAUGACGUCAUGUUCAUAGGCACAGACAUGGGUAAAGUGCUGAAGGUGGUGUCCAUCCCCAGAGGGUCCUGGCAUGACCUGGAAGAGGUUCUACUGGAGGAGAUGACUGUGUUCAGGGAGCCAACUGCUAUUACAGCGAUGGAACUCUCCACGAAGCAGCAACAGUUGUACCUAGGCUCAGAUCUAGGCAUUUCCCAGAUGCCUUUGCAUCGCUGUGAGGUGUACGGGAAGGCGUGUGCUGAGUGCUGUCUAGCUAGAGACCCUUACUGUGCCUGGGAUGGGACCGAGUGCUCACGAUACUUUCCCAUGGCCAAGAGGAGGACAAGGAGACAGGACAUCAGGAAUGGAGACCCUUUAACCCAGUGUUCAGACCUGCAGCAUCAUGAUAACCUGAAUGUGCAGCCCACGGUGCUGGAUAAGACAGUGUAUGCAGUGGAGAACAGCAGUACGUUCCUGGAGUGUAGCCCCAAGUCCCAGAGAGCACUCACCUACUGGCAGUACCAACAAGUCAACGACGACAGGAGACAAGACAUCAAAGCAGAGGAUCGUUUUGUCCGUACGGAGCAGGGCCUGCUGAUCCGCAUAUUGAACAAAAAGGAUUCUGGGACGUAUGUGUGCCAGACUGUAGAACACGGCUUCAUGCAGACGCUCCUAAGGGUCACCCUGGAAGUCAUCGACACUGAACGCCUCGACGAGCUCAUUCACCGUGAUGACGAAACCGCCACACACACCGCUGCCACACACACCACCUCCUGGGACAUGCCCCCAGCCCGGGAAUCGUCCAAUCAGAAGCUAUGGUACCGUGACUUCCUGUCAUUAGUGAACCACCCGACCCUGAACAGCGUGGAUGAGUUCUGUGAGCAGGUGUGGAAGAGGGAAAAGAAGCAGAGGAGGCAGAAAGCACACCUAUCCCAACAGGUCCAGCUACACCAGCAGCAGCAGGGCCUCGUGCACGCUCACACCCACGUGAACGCCCAUGGGCUUGCGGCCAAGUGGAAACACCUGCAGGAGAGGCAGAAGGGCCGCAACCGUCGGACCCACGAACUGGAGAGAGCCCCCCGCAGCGUCUGACCUCGCACCGACUAAAUCCCAUGACCCCGCCUGACCCCCAACCCCUAAUCCAUGUACACUGUCCUCAUCCUCAGAUCCCCCCUGAACCUCCUCCCCUGCCUCAUCUCUCCUUACAGAGAUAAAGACUCGUUCCACACUGACUUUGUACAGAGAAUCUCAACUGGAAACAAAGGCAAUAUCCCGCCCUGGUCUGUGCGUGUAGGCUGCGUGGCCACCCAUGUUUACAGUGACACGGCACAGAGACAAAGGAUGUUACAGGACACCAGGUGAUACAGUACUAUUCUAUAAUCUCAGCUGGCCUCUGUAGCCCCAGCACCAUGGAGGGACAGUGUUAGCCAACAUGUGGACUGGACUCCACGUACUGCAGAAUAACUUAUUGAAAACAUGGCUCUGUCUCCACUGUAGUGUAGCUUUGUUUGUUAGUCGUGUCUCGUCAUUGUUGUCCACCCAGAUAUAGUAGUUAGCUUCUCCUAACAACCACUAUCUUGGAACAAGGGAUGAUAGUGUUUGAUGAAAUGACGGAGCAGGGACGGACCUCGUGUGUAUCACAAGGACAUAACUACAUACAGGUCAUGUAAAGCACAACAGUAUGAUGUUGAUUGGUUUCUAUGAGAAAUGAAGAGUCCUAAGGAGAGAGGAGGAUGACUGAGCACUGCAAGAUACUUCAGAGUAGCCGUGGAUUUACAACUAAUUAUGUUAUUCUAACUUAAAUCAGAAAUGUAAAUGUGCUUUGACACAUCCUCAUGCUAAAGGGAAUGGUUUGCGGUUAUCUUGUUACAUGAUGUUGUUUCCCCAUUAACAAAUGUAUUUAACAGAAGGUGAUUGGGUUUUUCCCGAAAGCAGUAGGUAAAUAAAGUAUCCAACAUGAUUCUGAAAGUCACUGUGUUAAGUGUAGAGAUAGAUAAGCUCUUCCAAGGCACAAAUGUUUUCAUGUUUUAUUUAAACCUGUAUCUUUUUGAUUUGCUCAGAGCCCUGUAUAAGUAUUUGUUACAUAGUGGAAGUGGACUUUAUUUCCUUCAUUUUAUGUUUCAGUCCAACCACUGCAUCCCAUCUUAACUAAAACUUUAACAUG